CUCUAACGCAAAAACCAGCUGCUACUGCAACUGCUCACUCUCUUUUUAUGUCCUUCUAUAUCUCUCUCUCUCUCAGUUCAUCCAUUUUAACGCCACCACUCCCUUGACUCUUUUCUUUUUUCUCCCUCUUUCUCUCUCUCUUAACUUUCUACAUUGUAAAGCCUGAAUAUACGCACCAAAUUAUAUACUAUUUUUUUUUUUUUUUUUUCUUGGUAUUCAGAAAGGAGUUUGCUUUUUCAGGGCUUACCCCGUUGAUGGUACGUUUCAUCAAGUUUAAUCUUUCAGUUCUUGGAGUUUUCAACCAUUAUAUUUUCUGGGUUUUGUCCUAACUUUCAGUUUAUCUACUGGGUAUGUUUUCUUUACUUCGUUUACGCCAAGAUAGCACCUCUUAAUGAUAUUCUUCUACUCAUGAAAGUGCUAACCUUAUAUAAUCAUGCAUUUUCUGAACUGGGUUUUCUUUGUUUUUUGAGUGUCUGUGAAUCCAAUAGGGAAGUCUAUAUUGUAGAGAAGUAGACAAAGACCUUUCUUUCGUUCUCUCUCUAUCUCUUUUUCUUUUUGGGUUCAUUUGGUAUUUGGAGAAUAGGGAAAGAUUUUGGUUUGAUGGUACACAACGGUUUACCUGGUGGGAUAUUUUCUGGCAUGGGAUCAGGAUUGUUAGGACUAGAAAUGCCACUACACCAACAACAGCAGCAGCAGCAGCAGAAUCCUCAAAACCCACAGAACACUCAUCAAAUACACCACCCACAAAUGGUAGCUUAUGCUCACAACCAUGAGUCUGAUCACAACCCACAAUCACAACAAUCUGUUAAACAUGCCUACAACCCAUAUUCCUCCUUAAAUCCAAAGCCACAAUCACCACUUAGUGAUGAAGAUGAGCCUGGUUUUACUGGAGAUGAUAGCACAGGUGAUGGGAAAAGGAAGGUCUCUCCAUGGCAAAGAAUGAAGUGGACUGACAGUAUGGUUAGGCUUCUUAUAAUGGCAGUGUUUUAUAUCGGUGAUGAGGCUGGAUCUGAAGGGAAUAACGAUCCCAGUACUGGCAAGAAGAAGGCAGGUGGUGGAUUAUCACAGAAGAAAGGGAAAUGGAAAUCAGUUUCAAGGGCAAUGAUGGAGAAAGGGUUUUAUGUAUCUCCACAACAAUGUGAGGACAAAUUCAAUGACUUGAAUAAGAGAUAUAAGAGGGUUAAUGAUAUACUUGGCAAAGGAACAGCUUGCAAGGUGGUUGAGAAUCAAAGUUUACUUGAGACAAUGGAUUUGUCACCAAAAAUGAAGGAAGAGGUGAAAAAAUUGUUGAAUUCUAAGCACUUGUUUUUUAGAGAAAUGUGUGCUUAUCAUAAUAGUUGUGGUCAUGGCUCAAAUGGGAUUGCGUCUGGUACAAAUCAUUCGCCAGAAAUAGCCACAGAUCAAUCUCAUCCUCAACAUCAGCAAGCAUCUCACCUUCAGCAACAAAGGUGCUCUCAUUCAACUGAAAAUGCCCAAUUUGCUACUAUUUCCAGGACUGAAGCAGAGGGAUCGAAAAUGGCCAAAAGAAUACGCAACGAAGAAGAUGAUGAAGAGGAUUAUGAUGAGAGUGAUGAGGAUGAAGACGAAGACGAGGAUGACGAGGAUGAGGCAAUAGAAGGCACUUCGAGGAGUCAAAACAGGCAUGGACAUGAGGACGAAGAGGAUCACGAGGAAAAACCUGCUCAAAAAAGGCAAAGAACAGGAGUGCAUUCUUUAUCAUCAUCUUUGAUGCAGCAACUGAACAGUGAAUUGAUGGGGGUGAUCCAAGAUGGAGCAAAGAGUCCAUGGGAGAAGAAGCACUGGAUGAAGCUGAGAUCAAUGCAGUUAGAAGAGCAGCAAUUGAGCUACCAAUGCCAAGCAUUCGAGCUCGAAAAGCAAAGGCUGAAGUGGGUGAAGUUCAGCAGCAAGAAAGAGAGGGAAAUGGAGAAAGCAAAACUAGAUAAUGAUAGGAGAAUGCUGGAGAGUGAAAGAAUGGUACUUCUGAUACGCCAAAAAGAGCUUGAAUUGCUUGAUCUGCAACAACAGCAACAUCAUCAUCACCAUCAACAGCAACAACUUUCUUCGAACAAGAGGGGUGACCCAUCUUCCAUCACUGGAUGAAUUGUAACAUAAUAGGUUAAAUCGAGUAGUUUCGUAGAUGAAACAAGCUGUUUGUUUUGUAUUUGUCUUUAAUUUAAUAGGUAAAAAUUAUCCUAUUUUCUUUCCUCUGUUAAAAUGUCUCAAUGAAGGUAGGUAAUACUUCUAUAUCUUCACUAAUAAACAGAUUUGAAUUUUGGCGACCA